GGGGCCCCUCCACCCAUGACGUUUCCCCUCUGUGCUCUCUCGCGCGGUGCCGCCUGGGAGCCGGGACUCGGGAGCGGGAUGUGGAGGCUGCCGGGGCUGCUGAGCCGAGCCCUUCACCGUCUCCAUGUGCUGAAUGCUUCAAGCUCUGUCCAUGGGAUCCCAACCCUGCCUGGCAAUGAGGAGCUCCGGAACGCCACCUCAGCACUCAGUACUGGACAGACUCCAUCUGAACAGAGUUAUUUACUCUCACCUGGCUGGCAGAGCAGACGGGGUCGAGAUGGCUGGGAGCAAGGGAAUGGGCAGCGACCCUUCUUGAACCUGCAGCCUCACUACACAAUCCUGGAUGCCUUCACCUGGGGCGCACUAGCUGUGCUUGCUCUGCAGUUGGCCAGGCAGAUCCCAUGGCCGAGCCCUGUGCCAGGGGCAGGAAGAGAGGACGGGCAUUGCCGGGUGGGUGGACUCCUCUCUUCUCUGCUGCCUCAUCAGCACUCAGUGCCAGCUGCAGGCUCAUCCAGUUGCUGCAGUACCCAGAAAGUGCCCUGCUUCCUGCUGGGAGGGAUUCCAGACACUGCGCCAGAGAAUCCAUCCCCUGGCAUCCCCUCAAGGCAAGGAGAGCCCCAACUCUGCCCAGAAACAGGGGAGCGUCCAUUCCCUGAGAGCUGCAACACCAGCCUGGGGCCAGCCCACUGCAGUGCACAGGGGCUGUCAUUUUCCACUCUCCAGGGGAAGCCAGCACAGCAGGAACGCCUGGAGGAAGCAGCUACCCAGCUGCAGCAGGUGUUCCGGGUCAGCGUUUCCAUUGCACUCAAUAUCCUUGGGAUUGAGAGUGUGAAUAAUGGCCACGACAGGGCAGCCUAUUCCUGCUUCAAGCUGGCAGCAGAUCGGGGCUACAGCAAAGCCCAGUUCAACGUGGGCCUUUGUUACGAGCAUGGCAGAGGCACGGAGAAAGACCUGGCAAAGGCACAGGCCUACCUUGGGGUGCUCUACAUGAAAGGGCUGCAGUCUGCAAAACAGAGGGCUCUGAAAUACCUGUGGCUGGCGGUGAAGAAUGGGGAUUCCCAAAGCAGGUACCAUGUUGGUGUUUGCUAUGAGAAGGGCCUUGGAGUACAACAGAACUUCACAGAAGCAAUGGAGCAUUACCAGCACUCGGCUGCUGCGGGAAACAGACAUGCUCAGGAGAGAGUGCGAGUUGUUGAGCAGGAGAUGGCAGCCGCAGAGAGCACCCAUCCAGCACCUUCUGGAAUGAGAGCGUUCUCCUCCAGCCCCUGCCUCUGGGUCCUGGAGCAACUAGCAGAGCAGCGCCAGGCCUCUCCGAUGGGACGUCGUGCUUUACCCCUGCCCCACUCCUGGAGCACAGGCAGUCUGCCAGGGGCUGACAUCAGCUGACUGAGAUGGAAUCCAGCCCCGGAACACACGGGUCCUGUGCUCUGCUGCCUUCCUCCUUACUGGUCAGCUGAUCUCCAGGCUGGGCUUCUUGCUCCCUCACCCCCUGGCUGCAUGCUGGACCCUGAUACACUGCAGCCUGGCUCCUGCCCCUGUGGGAAAGCUGGGGAACAAGAGGCGGCUGUGGGUAGUUCCCAGCCAGGCAGGGACACACAAACCACAGUGUUAGUCAUCUGGUGCAGCACCAAGGGGGAUGUGGGAGAGAAAUGCUGCAUUCUAAGACAUCUUGGCAAAAUGUAUUAGUCCACAGCUAUGGAAUCAUAGAGCCCAUGAACUCUGAUUGAGAAGAACAGGGCAAGUCUCACCUCUCCAAGCUGUACUUUCAGUCUCUCUGAAGACUCAGGCAGGCAUUACUGUAUCAGUUACACUUAGUCACAUUUAUGAGGUUUUUGUCACAACCAUAAAGGCUAAAAACAUUUUUAUUUUAAAUAAAAUUGAAGAUUCUGGAGCCUGA